CUGCGGGCGUCCUUUGUCUCGGGUGCUGUAUGUGACCUGUUUUUCAAACUGCAGGUGGCUGACACAUCCUCACUGAGCUGGAAUACCAGAAUCAAAGGCUUCAUUGCGUGUUUUGUUGCAGGAAUUCUCUGCUCUCUGCUGGGCACGUUUCUGCUCUGGGUGCCGAGGAAGGGGCUGUACCUCUUCGCCGUGUUUUAUACCUUUGGUAACAUCGCUUCGAUCGGGAGCACUGUCUUCCUCAUGGGGCCCAUGAAACAGCUGAAGAGAAUGGUGGAGCCCACGCGUUUGAUCGCAACCAUCAUGGUGCUGUUGUGUUUCACGCUCACCCUGUGUUCUGCCUUUUGGUGGCACAACAAGGGGCUCGCCCUCAUCUUCUGCAUCUUGCAGUCUUUGGCCCUGACGUGGUAUAGCCUUUCCUACAUCCCAUUCGCAAGGGACGCUGUGAAGAAGUGCUUUGCUGCGUGUCUGGAUUAACGGGCGGCCGGUUUCGCCAAGCUUUGGGUGGCGCUGCGGAAGGAAGCUGGCGGACGCUUUGUAAAUACCUUCGAACCUCU